CGAGCCUAUAAAUGUAGUUGGCUGGUGCUCAUUUAAUCUCCUUUUUUCUUGAAAUAAAACUUUCCUUCCUCUCCACUUCUUCCUUCGAACUCAAUCAUUCCUUUUUAUACUUCCUCACUUAAGCCCACUAUGACCAGCUCCUCCCAUCAGGGGUUGCUGCCGGUGCAUGGGGCAACAGCAAUGAUGAAUGCCUCAACAUUAUUACACUCCUCUGAGUAUUUAACCAACGUUGAUGUCGAAUGCAAUGUUAAUUCCGAUGUUGAUGUCGAUGUUGAUGCCAGUACUGUUAGUGAUAUCAAUAGCAAUGCCAAUGCUACUUCGGCCGUCACAGUUACAGUGGACGGAUACAAGGUUCAUUCUUCAGCAUUAGCUGCUGCUCAGCGUGCGGCUGCCUUGGCUGCUGCAAAUGAUAGUAUGGCUAUCAUUGCCAGCGCACAAGGCGCAGGGACAAAUUCGGGCUCAAAUCCCUCAUCAUCCUUGGCUUUGGAUGUGGUGCGCGAUGUAGUUCAACCAUUAAUGCCUCUGGGGCUUGCUCUGGUCAUAGGCUACAUCUACUAUGUCUUCAGCUUUCGAGUUUGCAUUGACUUUAUACUUCAUGAGCAGCGUCGUCCCCUACAGGCAGGUCUUUAUUUGGGCGUGAUUAAUACUCUAUCGCUGCUCUUCUUUAUCUCAUAUAUCCGUUGUCUCAACUGUGGGCCAGGAUCUCCAUUGGAUCCACCGCAGAGAAGCCCCACGCCUCCUAUCCCACCCACGACCACUCCUUAUCAACCUCAAAGAAUCCCCAUAGCCCUGCUGAUGCCAUCGUUUCGGGAUGAUCUUAGGGAGGGAAGAGAGAGACUCAAUUCACCAGUAACAGAUACCACGCCAUUGCUGAAGCCUGAUAACGUUACAACCGGCUCUAAUCGUGCGCAACAUCAAUAUCAAGCGACAUCUUCUGGAGCAGAGGGAAUGAAGCAGAAGGAAAGGCGUUGUUCCAGCCAGGCGACAAUGAUUCAAUGCAACGAUAAAGGAAAUGGCUCUUUUAGAAUUGAUAUCGAUAAAAGGAUAAAACAAGCCACACAUGGAAAGAGGCGUGCGGAGAAACCUAUUGCCACCCUCAGCAUUGCUAAGCGAGAUGGCCGUCCUCGAUGGUGCGAUAUAUGUAAGAUCGUCAAACCAGACCGGUGCCACCAUUGUUCCGAAUGCGAUAAAUGCGUACUCAGGAUGGACCACCAUUGUCCUUGGGUCAGAGGCUGUAUCGGCUAUAACAAUCACAAGUUUUUUUAUCUAUUCAUUUUCUAUGCCUCUGUAAUCUCUGUCUUUGUUGUUACAACGAUGAUACCUAUGAUUACAUCUGCUGUACGGCGGUGCGAGAUAAACUCUCCGUUGAAUGGUUCAGACGCUGAUGGACAUGAUACUCAACCUCGUUGUGUGUUUAAUACACACUGGCCGAUUAUGACCGCUGUAGCUUUUCUGUUGGGUUUGCUCAUUGUCUCGUUCACGGCGGCUCACACUGAUUAUAUCCUCAAAAAUCGGACAACAAUUGAGUCUUUACAGGAUGUAAGAGCUACUUUCGUUCGAGUUCAAUACAUCAGAUCGGACCCAGCCCUAGCGUCUUCUUUCUCGUCUUCUCCUUAUUGGUCAGGACAAGGUUUCAACGUUGUCAAAGUUGAGCCUGGCGAACAGUUAUGGCACCGCGGCUCAUUGAUGGGUAACUGGAAGAGUAUCAUGGGCCCAUCAUGGUGGCUAUGGUUUGUCCCUUAUGGAAACACGCCUGGCGAUGGAAUCCAUGAUGUUUAUAACGAAAAGGCUUAUAAAAGAAUAGUAGAUGAGGCAUUAUCUCAGUCUGGCAUGCCAGACCAUUUAAAAUCAACCACCCGAGGCAGCGGCUCUGAACCUCCUAUAAUGCAUCCUCAUGCUGUAGAGAUUAUGUCAUCGACGACAGAAGUAGUAGAGACAGGAUUUCCCCACUCGACGUUGAUUGUGAAUAGAGAUCUAGCAGUGAAUCAGGAUACAACAUCAAUCAAGACAGCUCCAUUUACAGUUAGUCAUACUUGGACAGCCUCUAGGAACAGUGAGGAUAGUGAUAGGAGUGUUGGCAGCAUGGAACGGUCACUUCCAACCCCACGAUCCUCACCACGACUCGGCCCUAUCCAAAGCUAGCCUACAGCAUGUUUUUGCAUUGUAAUUAAAUACCAUAUCCUACAUCUUCAUUCUUAAUGCAUCCUUCACAGUCUGAUGACGUAUCCGAUUCCUAGCACUGGAAGCAUAAAAGCCCGUGAGUGACUGAAUCUGUGAG